AUGGGAAUCCCAAAGGAAUUGCCUGCGUUCUACACCAAAGUGUACACGAUCGUGGAUGAUCCUUCGUUGGAUUCAAUCAUCUCUUGGAGCGAAAGCAACAACACUUUCAUCGUUUGGGAUGUAACAAGGCUUUGCGCAGAGAUUCUCUCGAAAUCAGUAGGAUUGGGCAGGAAUUACAAACGGUUUGUCAUAGAGCUCGAGUGUCAUGGCUUUAAAAGGGUCAUUGGGAAUGGGCAUUUGGAUGAGUAUGGACAUGACGAUUUCGUUAGAGGUAAACCUCAUCUUCUGAAGAAGAUGAUGUCACAAGCUUGGACGGAGAGGAUGGAGAUAAUUGCUCCGGCUAGAUGCAAAGCAAGAGCAAGGAGGAAGAGAAUUGCUCCUAAUCUUGAGAUAACGAAAGCUAGACCCAAAGCAAAUAGAGCUUGUGCCAAGGCAAUCAAAGCUAGCGUCAAAGUAGAGGAUCUCUUGGAGAAUUUACGAAUCUGA